AUGGCUUCCUUUGCGCGCGCCCUCGUUCCCCUGGCCAGGCCAGCACCGCCGUCGCGGUCGGUCUGCGCCCGGUGCCGCCGUACUUUCGUUUCCAGCCCAACACUCCAGGCCGGCCACAACAAAUGGAGCAAGAUUCGCCAUGACAAGGCUGUCAACGAUGCUAAGAAGAAUGCCACCCGCAAUCUGUUCGCCAAAAACAUCACCCUCUACUCAAAGCUCUAUGGCCCCGACCCCAACUUCAACCCCCAGCUAGCCACAGCUAUUGCCGCUGCCAAGAAGGCUGGCGUCCCCAAGGACAGAAUUGAGGCUGCUAUCGCCCGUGGUCAGGGCAAGUCAUCCGAAGGCAAAGCACUGGAGAGCUUGACUUUCGAGGCUGUAAUGCCCCCAUCUCUCGCCUUAAUCGUGGAGGUGGAAACUGAGAGCAAGCUCUAUGUGCUGCAGGAGCUGAACUCUAUGGUCAAGAAGAGGAAUGGCUCUGCGAGCGCUUCCAAGUUCUUUUUCACCCGCCGUGGGCGUGUGGUUUUUGAGAAGAACGACAAGGGUAUCGAUGUCGACCAAAUUAUGGACGAUGCGAUCGAGGCCGGUGCGGAGGAUCUCGGGAACGAUGAAGAUGGCAAUAUUGUUGUUUGGACAGAACCUACGGAGACGAUGCACCUCUGCAAGACCAUUGCGUCGAAGUUUGGCCUGAAGGUCCUCGAGUCCGACAUUAUCUGGCAGCCAAACGAGGACACGAUGGCUAAGCUGGAUGCAUCCGAAGCCCAGGUCGAGUUUAGGAAGUUGCUCAGGGACAUCAGAUCCCUCCCCGAUGUUCAGGCUAUCUAUUCAAACGUGACGAGGGGGGCCAUCAGCGAUGAAGAGUGGGACAAGAUAGAGGAAUAUCUCGACUCAUAG